AUGGGGUUCACGGUACCACGCAUCCUCCUUCUGCUGCUGAUGGCCUCCCUGCCCCCAACUCAGGCCCGCGUGGGUGAGUACGGGGUGGAGAGAGAAACCUUCUCUGUGGGGAGGAGUGAGGGCACCAGGCAGAGUCUGCACCCAGAAAGCCAUGUCUCCAUCCUCGCCCAACCAGACCUCCCCUCUCCCAGAGAUGGGCAGCCUUUGCCAAGCUCCCAUCACCAAUCCGAAUCCGGAGCCCUGCGCCCUGCACCGCUCCCAGCGGGUGAACCAGCUCCCCGGUCUGGCAAAGUGCAAGGUCACCGCGCAUCACCCCUACUCUCACACUCCCUGCGAUAUUUCACAACCACCUUGUACGGUCCUGCCUAUCGCAAACCUAGGUUCAUGGUCGUCGGCUACGUGGACAACACGCAGAUUGUAAGCUUCGACAGCGACAAGGCAAGUCAGCGAGUGGAGCCACGGGUGCCAUUUAUAGCGCGGGAUCCAGAGGAUCUGGAGGAGUUGACUCGACUUGGCAGAGACAUCUUAAUACUUGGCCGACUAGAACUGUGGACCCUGUUCGGCUACCAUAGCCCGAGAGAGAAUGAGUCUCACACUGUCCAGUGGCUAUUCGGCUGUGACAUAGGGCCAGACCACCGCCUUCUCCGUGGGUAUAAGCAUGUUGGUUAUGACGGCCAGGAUUACAUCUCUCUGACUGAGGACCUGCGCUCCUGGACCGCGGUGGAUACUAAGGAGGCUCAGAUCACCAGGCGCAAGUGGGAGGCAACUCUUGUUGCAAAGUCCUGGAAGUCUUUCUUGGAGGGCAGGUGCGUGGUGUGGCUUCUCAAAUACCUGGAUAAAGGAAAGAAGGUUCUGCAGCGUGCAGAUCCUCCAAAGACAAAUGUGACUCAUCACCCCAGACCUGAAGGAGGUGCCACCCUGAAGUGCUGGGCCCUGGGCUUCUAUCCUGCAGACAUCACGCUGACCUGGCAGAGGGAUGAGGAGGACCUGACCCAGGACAUGGAUCUUAUUGAGACCAGACCUGCAGGGGAUGGAACCUUCCAGAAGUGGGCAGCUGUGGUGGUGCCUGCAGGAGAAGAGCAGAGAUACACAUGCCAUGUGCUGCAUGAGGGGCUGCCUGAGCCCCUCAUCCUGAAAUGGGAGCCUCCUCCACCUCCCACCACCCCCAUCAUGGGAAUCAUUGCUGGUCUGAUUCUCCUUGGAGUGUUGGUCACAGGAGCUGUGGCUGCCAUUGUGAUGAGGAAGAGUACAGGUUAUCGCCUUAAUGGAUAA